UGGUGCGCAGACAUAGACGUGGUGAUUACUUAAAGGAAUCCAGGAGGCUUAAAAGACGCACUUUAUCCCGCUUAUACCAGCGCCAUGACCCCCAUCUCUACAAUGGGUACUUCCACUGGAGCAUACCAACCCCGUCCUUCAACAGAAUGUCGUCUGUCUCUCGUCACCAUCCCAAUACAAGAUGCUACUGCAACGCUGAGAUCAUCGUCCAGUAAUGGUUCCAUGAUCGCUCGCACUCCGCUGCCAAGCGUCGAACAGUCAUCCCCGAACCCACCAAACAACUGUACUGUAAUCAUACAGAACAACUAUAUUGCGGAGGGGGGAACCAUCAAUAUAUUUUCAAGUCACUGCGAUGGUUCCAGUGAGUUCUUCGUAUGUCUUUCUAACCAGAAGACUCACCUCACAAUGUAAAAGCCGUGACCAAGUUGGAACAUGUCACCACUACUGCAGAGCCUAUGCCCUCGGAGCCCCCGCCAGUGACGCAGGCAAAGCCCAUGGAGCACGGUCGUGAAAGCAUAGUAUUGAGCGGCAACACGUUUGGCGAGUGUGUCAUGAUAAACGUAGGAUCACCGAAUUGCACUGGAGCUGUUAGACAAACUGCUCUUGCAUCCCAAUUUGACCGCAACGUCUAAUAGGAUGAAGUAAGAGCCGAAGUUAAAUAUACUAGUCUCGUAUUUUGCGCCCACAUGUACGCCUAUGCAGAGAUAUCGACCAACAUUUUUUUUAAAACAAGC